ACUUUGAAAUAUAUUUCUGCUGAGCGAUAGUUUAUAAUCUUUCGCGUUUUUGGAUUUACACGGACUUGGGUCCUGCUAGUUUAAAUCUUUUAAAGGACUCAAGCUAUUAUAACAUCAUAUAUAUUCUUAUCUUAAAACUAUACAGGUUUGAAUUUGUUAAUUCAAAUAAUUAUAAGACUGUCUCUUAAUUUUCAAGUACAAAACCAAACAGAAACCAAAAGUAUUUUCGGCUAUAACAACCGAAUCUAACCAAUAGAAUUACUUGCUUCGUAUAUGAGGCUUGAAAAUUGUUCAUCUUAAGAUAACGUUGCUUGUACCUUUAAUUAAGGUGAUGAAAUGACAAACAUGGGACGAAAUUACUUCACGGUUGUUUGGGACACGUUUUCACUAGUGGAUUGUUAUUUUGCAUAAGAAAUUUCAAUUAUAACAUUUACUAUUUAAUUGUAAGUUGAGUAAUAGCUUUGAAUACAGUACAAUGUUUAAUUUGAGUGGUUUCUAAAAUAAUGUGACAGAUUUUUUAGUGGCAUUUUUUCACCAUGGUGGGUGAUAAUUCAUACCGAAAAUCUAUGGGUCAACUUUACUCAAAUGAUGACGAGAAAGUAACUAAAUCUCCAACUACUUCAAGAUCAUCUUCAGUUACAUCUAGAGAGUUUCGUGGUAGAAGCCGAAUGGAAGGAUCAUCAUCACGUCAUAAUUCUUCUUAUUCAUCGGAACCAAAGUAUUAUAGCGAAGAUACCAGAAUAGUUAAACUGCUCAAAAGAGUGACUAAUGAAAAAAUUGAAAAAGAGAGGAGAUUAAUAUCUCUGAAAAUUCUUCAUGAAUUUGUUAAUAAUUAUAAUGAAAACAAAAAGAUUGUUAUUUCUAACGCUUUUGAUAUAGCUGAGGCUAUGUUUGAUAUCAAACGGGAGAGCAGGUUUUUCAUUGAUAACUUAGAUACAAUAUCAUCUAUUGUAGCUUCUACUGCUAAUGUUAUGCAAUACGAAGGUCAUAAAUUAUUAAGUUGGAUACAUCAAAAAUUAGAGGAGUCUAAAUUAAAUAAUGAAAGAAGCUUUUGUUUGAACAUAAUUCAAGAAAUCUUAGAGCGAGAUAAAAAAAUGCGUUUCAUGCAACCUUUGAUGAAGGAUAUGAUGAAAACAAUAUUGAAAAUAUUAUUAGACGCAGAUGAAGAUAAAAUGUUUCAAAGUAUUACUGAAAUUAUUGUUAUACUCAGUAUUCAAUAUCCCGAAGUUGUUAAUCCGUAUUUUUCUGAUAUUUGUGAUGUUCUAAUCGGAUGGAAUAUAGAUGCUACCAACAACGAAAAAAUGCAGAUUUAUACAAGAAAUAUUUGCCUAAAACUAUCACCGUUUUUUUGCACCCGUAUUGAUAAAGCUGUAGAUUUUAUGCUUUUAUUUGUUGAAGAUAUUCGUACAUAUGUGCAGGAUAUGAAAGAUAUAAACGAAAAAGAUGACACUUCAGAAAGCCGGGAAGAUUUAGUUGAGAAAUCUCUUGCCUUGUUACGAAUGUUUUCGGUGUUUGCCGAAUGUUUGGAAGAAAAUUUGGAAAAUAGAAACGAAUUUGCUAAGGCGAGUAAUAAUUGUCUAAAACAUCUUGUCCAAUAUUCCUCGGAUGAAAUCGAUGUUAUAGAGGAAAAUUUAUUAAGUUAUGUCAAAACACAAUGCUGUAUAGAACCAGAGUGUUUGCCACAGUUCUAUUCCUUCCUUCAAUUAGCUAUACAGAUAAUUAAAAGAGCUGGAACUAAACUACCCCUUGAGUUUAUACAUUUUUUUGUCGGAGCUGAUUCGGUGAUAUCGUCCUACAGACAAUUUAACGAUAAUAAUAGUCAAGAGCUGAUCUCGGAAGUUUAUAAAUCACUUUUAAGAAUCAAGAAUGUCCAAAUUCUGACGAAAUCAUAUACAUUAUUUUUGUGCGAUAUGGAGAAAUGCCUAAAUGUUAUAGCUGAUUAUGAUGACUUACCUCAUUUUCGGCUCUUAGAUGAGAAUAUUGAUAAUCCAUUUAAAGACAAGGAGUAUUCAAUUGUUCAGGCAGAAAGUUAUGCAACCUUUUACUCUGUAGCUUUAAGUAGUUUGGCAACAAUGAAGAAUAAUUUAUUGACGUUUGCUCUGAAUCCUUCACUAUUUCAAUUGUUUUCCAAUCGACUUCGCCUAUGGGAUAAAACCUUUAUUCAAUUCUAUCCGGAAGUAACAGCGACAGCCUUUCAAACCUUCUUUAGUUAUUGUUCAACACAUGAACACUUCAUCUCGUCCAGUUCACUUAAUACAGGCACAAGUACAUCCCAUUUUGGAGGCGAAACAACAGAGUUUUUUGAAAGGCUAUUAAAAUUUCUAACAAAAAUUUUAAAAUGUUCAGGAAUUUGUUAUGAAAUAAGGAGAAUUUGUUUAAAAUGGACGAAAGAUAUUCUCAAAUAUCUGGUAUAUACUCCCAAUCUGAUUAAAAAUGAACUAUUUGUAAAGCUCUUAACUUGUCUGUGCGACAUUGCAAUGUCAGACAGUUGUAAUAUUAUUGUAAACGAAACCUGCCAAACCUUGAAAGAAUGCUUUGAACAUCAAGUUUCUUUUCCAAUGUCGUUUUUGAAUAACUGCUUUGAUGUUUGCAUGGUUAAGCUCAGCAGCGUCAAUUCAGAUAUCAGGCAAAAUUUUCUAUUACUUUUAAAAGUUCUACCAUUAGACACUUACAUCACUCGAUCAUAUGACAUGAAAAAGUGUGAAUAUUCUCCUAUUUUAAAUGAGCUUUGGAAUGCCAGACGUAACAUUAUGAUAAAUAACUCUAUGGCAAGUUUUGAUCAACACGCUUUCAAAGGCUUUAUGAAUUAUAUUUUGAGAGGGGAAAAGGAUUUAAUAAAUAACGGAUCAUGGAUGCAACGGAUAUUUGAUUCGGCUAUCGCCCAACAAGAUGUGCCAGAUACUAUUGCUCCCAAAUAUUCUCUUGAUAUUUCUAAAUACGAUUCUAUAUCCAUUUUUAUGUGGUUUUGGGCUACAUGGCAAUGUGCAAAUCAUUGUUUAUCAGGAAAGCUUAGAACUCCACUUGGAAAAGCAAAUGAAACCAUUUUGAGUAUUGAAAAUGUUAUUGUCGACUUUGCAAAGGAAUUACAACUAAAUGGAAAGUCGUUAAGCAGUGAAGAAAAUUCAAAUCACUCUUUUAAACCCUCAGAUGAUUUACAUGAUCAUAUUCGUGUGCAUCUUUUACUUCAAUUUAUUGAACAUUUGGAAAAGUUACUGUAUAAUGCAUACGAAGGAACUGCAAUUGCUAUAGCUGCUCCAAAUAAAACUAUUCGAAAUUUUUUCAGAACCAAUCGUCAGGUGUGUGACGACUGGUUGAAUCGGAUUAGAUUACACGUAAUGCAUAUUUCCAUUGCAAUUAAACGCUAUUCUCUGGCUGUUAGACACGGAUUUGUACUCCUUAGUCAAUUUGAAAUAAAUGAAAAAUAUAAAACAAAAGAAUUUGAAGAAACCGUAAUAUUAACGGCAUUUUCUCUUUGUAAAUUAAAAUCUCCCCAAAUGAUCCAAGGUUUAAACGUUUGGUGUAGAAAAGUGGCCAGAAAGAAAUAUUUCUGGCUUAAACCAUUUGCUGAGUGUGCUUCUGGAAGACUUCAGGACUCGGCUUAUAGUUUUCAAAUUGUUUUGGAUAAUUAUAUUCAAGUAAAUAAUCCUGAUAAACCAAAUAGAAACACUCUAGAAUCUGAUUCAGGAAAUUCGGAUGAUGGAGCAAAAGAAGAAGAAAAGAAAGAUUUCAAUAUGGAUGUAAAUCCGAAUUUGAUCCAUUAUUUAGUAAACUUAACAGCUGAUAUCUACUGCGAACUAGGUAGUUGGCAGGAAUUGGAUAAUUGGUGUGAUAAAAUUAAAGAUUAUCAAGAAAAUUACAUCGACGCCGAUAGUAUAUUCUCUGCUUUUAAGUUGGACGUAGAUUUAGAUAGUGUUAGAGCUUUGGCUAGUUUUGAAAAGGGAGAGUUUAGCACAUCAGUUCAACAUGCAAAGAAAUCUUCCAAUUUUGAUACUGGAGUCAUUCUGUCUUCUUGGAACUCAAAGCAAAUUUCCUAUUCAGCAACAUUUCAACACGUUAUCGCCUCAAUUGUGAAUGACAAAGCAGAUUCCUUAAAUCAUGCUCACCUCUGCGAAUUAUGGUGUCAGCGUUUGCUAGAUACUGACAUGCUGGACUGGCCUUUGAAAGUUGAUUCUUUAACCUUACAACAUUUACAUUUUAUUAAUUCUUACGGCAAAGAAAAAGAGAAAGAUGGUACACUUAGCAUCACAGAUCAUCUUCAGCAGAAUGCUGAAAAAUCCCGAUUCGAUAUGAUUUUGAUGCCAUUAUGGUUCUUGAAACAGACAGGCGAUUUGAGAGAUUCGAAAACUGCUGCGACGCUGAGCAAUUUGAUGCAGGUGGGAGCAAGACUAGCUAGGAAACAGCACUGCACUACUUUGUCUCAGGAAUUGCUGGUCGACUAUAUUCAUAAUGUGCUACCUGAUCAUGUUGCUCACGACGUUGAUUAUUCUUAUGACAGUAUGAUAAAUAAGUUAAGAAAUAGCUAUCCCUUAGUCAACAGGAAAACUUAUUUAGUUAUAGAAAGAGAAGCAGCCAAGUUAAAAUAUGAUGGAAUAAGUGGGUCUGAAGCGGUCAGCAACCUUAGCUGUGCUCUACUAAAAGUUAUUGAAGAGCCCGAUUGUCAUGAAUUGGUAGCUAGGAGCUUAUUGACUAUAGUUAAAUGGACAGACACUUUAAGAAUGUCGGAAGAACUUGGAAAUGAUGAAGCAAUUGAAGAUAAACUGGAAUCGCUUAUUCAAAUUGAAGGACUGUCGAAGAAUGAUGAUGUAAUACCGCAGCUUAAUAAAAAGGCCUUAAUUGACAAUAGGGAUAUAUUACCGGGUAGCCUACUUCGUUUAGCUUGCCUUAAGGCUCCGAAAUUGGGGAAAACAUGGAUCAAUUUUGCGACCUGGUGCCUCAAACAGGGCCGUCGUUUAAAUGAAUUUGUCAGUGAAGGAAAAGUUCAAUUAACUUCCGAAGAGUGUGAUAAAAUUAAAAAGCUGCUUCCAAAAGGAAUAAAAGAUGAAGAUACUGAGAAAAUCUUUGAAAUCAUGUCUUAUGUUCAAACAGCUAGAUUCGUAAAUGAAGAGGAUAUAUCAGAACAAUAUAUUUCUCUACAUGAAGACCCUCGAGAGUUAACCAGAAGGCAACUUUUGAAUUCCAGUUGUGUAUUACAAACUGCUGCUGACAGUGUGCUUGAUCGCCUCAUAGAAACUUGGAGUGAAAUCAAAGAUCGAGUGUAUCAUCCUUAUCUGUUGGCUGUACACGCGUACGGAUCAUUUCUCCAGCUCAAUUCAAAUGAUUCUGAAGCUAUCACAACAACAACUUUAAGACUAUUAAGAUUGUUAGUCAAACACGUUUCUGAAUUAAAGGAAGCUCUAGAGCCGGUAUUAGAAAAUACACCUGCUAGCUCAUGGUUAAGUAUCAUUCCACAGCUAUUUUCGAGACUGAAUCACCCGGAUCCAACUAUAAGGCAGAUAGUUUCUAAUUUAAUUAGUCGUGUAGCUGAGGAGGUACCCCAUCUUAUAGUUUAUCCAGCUGUUGUAGGACACACUGCAGCAUCUGUUCAACGGCUCCACAAUCAAAAAGGGCUCGUUGACAAAUAUCUUUCUCAAAAUGAAGCGGAAGAAGGAGAUGCAGAUGUAGAAGACGACCUAUUGGCUGAAGAUCGAGUCAAUACCCUUCUACAGCACUGUUUUGGUGCAAUUGUUAACACACUUUCAGCCAAAGAUGCUAAAAUGGUUUCAGAAGUAGAAGCUUUUGUUUAUGAAUUAAGACGUAUUACACUUUUGUGGGAUGAACUUUGGAAUGGAACAUUAACGCAAUAUCAAAAUGAUAUGGAUAGAAGAUUUAAGCAGUUAGAAAACGAAAUAAAAUCCGUAUACAACAAUAAUGACUUGACUGAUAGUAUGAAAAAUAUUAUAGCUAGGGAGAAGCAUCAAGCUAUCUUAAAACCUACAAUUUUUAUUUUGGAAAAUUUAUAUGAACUGACCAGUAGAAAGCCAGAAACACCACAUGAACAAUGGUUUUGUGACACUUAUUUGGAAGAAAUACAGCAAGCUCUUCGUACACUUAAGGAUCCUCCUGAUGUGAGUUGGCCAAGCUCCAGCUGGAAGCCAUUUAAAGAUAUACAGAAAAAGAUGAACGAAAGAGCUCAAAAACGCAGUAGCUUGUUAUUGCAGAUGAAUAAAAUGAGUCCUCACCUUGCAAAAUUAAAAAAUACCUCUAUACCUCUCCCUGGCUGUUCUCCUCAUCAGAAGCCCUUAAGUAUUUCAUCUAUAGAAAAUACUGUUCAAAUAUUACCAACAAAAACGAAACCGAAGAAGCUUUACUUUGUUGGUGAAGAUGGCAAGAAAUGCGCUUUUCUAUUCAAAGGAUUGGAAGAUUUACAUUUGGAUGAGAGAAUAAUGCAGUUAAUUUCAAUUGUUAAUAACAUGUUUGCAAAAUUAAAUAGGUCGGGAAAAUCAUUACAUGCUAGACAUUACUCUGUAACCCCUCUUGGAGCUCGAUCAGGUUUGAUUGAAUGGGUUCAAGCUGGAACACCCCUGUUUUCUUUAUAUAAACGGUGGCAACAGAGGGAAUUAACAGCAUGUGCAAUAAAAAAUAAUCAGCCUCUACCAACACACAUCCCGAGACCAAGUGAUGUUUUUUAUGCUAAACUAAAGUCAGUUUUUGAGAGAAAUAAGUUGGAUCCAAAAUUAGACAGAAAAGACUGGCCAAAAGAAGCUAAAAAAGCAAUUUUAUCUGAACUCAUCAAGGAGACACCUUCAGACCUUUUAUCUAAAGAAUUAUGGUGUACUAGUACAUCAACAGACGAAUGGCUUCACGUCGUAAAAACUUUCAAUAAUUCAAUAGCUCUUAUGUCAGUUAUUGGCUAUGUUAUUGGUUUGGGAGAUCGCCAUUUAGACAAUAUUCUCGUUGAUUUAAAUACUGGAGAAGUCAUUCAAAUAGAUUAUAAUGUGUGCUUUGAAAAAGGUAAAAAUUUACGUGUCCCGGAAAACGUUCCUUUUAGAAUGACUCAUAACAUUGAAAGCGCACUGGGAGUAACUGGAGUAGAGGGAUUGUUUAGAUCAAGUUCCGAAAUGGUUUUAAGGAUAUUGAGAAGAGGAAAAGAAACACUUCUUACCCUCCUUGAAGCAUUUCUUUAUGAUCCAUUAAUAGACUGGACCGUUGGUCAUGAUACAGGUUAUCAGGGUGCGCUUUAUGGAGGAACCCAAAAAAUUCACGGUGCAACCGAAGCUAGAAGACGUAAACAUAAAACUGAUAGAUUUGUUGCUGUUUCAAUGUUAACAAUUCGGUUGAAGGAAAACAAAUUAUCGUGGUUUAGAAAUAAAGAAACAAUGGCUGGGCAUGUCAGCAAUAUCGUGGAAAAAGUUAAAAUGUUAGAAGAAACUUACAAUAAUAUGUUAAAACAGAAGGAAGCAGAGGAUAUCAUAUCCCAAUUGAUAAAAUAUCUGACUGAUGCUUCAGCCGAUCCCGGUCAUCCAUUCCAUUCUUUACCGAUUAGAUAUGAGCAGAAUAAAGAAGAACAGCACUUAAAGGAAUCUGUAACCGCAGAAAUUCAAAUGAAAUAUAUAGAUAUCGAUAAUUUCCGAUCAGCUUACGAGAGGACAUUGCUUGUAUUGAAGGGUAAAAGUUACGAAGAUUUACAAAAGCAGUUUGGUUUAACUCCUGCGGUAAAUUCUAGCUAUUCGUGUGUCGAGGAAUUUCUUAUCAAUGCUGGCCAAACCCAAUUACUAAAUCAAGGUCAAGGUGUAGAGAAUCAAGUCAGGGAUAGUCAGAUGAAGAAGAACAACAUUAUUGAGAAAUGCCUUGGAUACUUGAUAAAUUAUGUAUCAUGUAUUCCCCCAUUUACUAAUGCUUUAAUAGAAGAAAAUCCUUAUUUAUCAUGGACAAAAUGGUUUAAAAUUAUUCUGGAUAGUUUCACAGUGGAAAGUUGUGAAAAAGUUUUCGAAUAUAUAAAAUUGCAAUAUCUAAAAGACGUUAGGAGAAAUGAGAUGACUCAACAUAUUCUUUCAACAGAGGCAAAGUUAGCUAUCUCUUUGAAUACUAUGAUGGAUAUUUUGGACAAAUAUACAAGGCGAAGAGAGAGUGAAAAAUUAAGUAAGAUAGUAUUGGAAACUCACGAGCAAGAUCUUUUAUCUGCAAUGUUUGCUCUGAUUAAUGAACGUCUUGAUGGGAAUAGAACACUGUUCCUUAGUAUUAUUAUUACUCAUUUAAAUUCUACUGUUAAAAAAUUUAAACUUAUUGAAAGUAAUAUUUUUGGCGCUAAAGAAAGAGCUGUGUCAUUGCUAACAAAUGAUGGUGAUUGGUUUAUGGACGAGCACUUUAACGUUGCAGAUUUGGCUUAUAAAUAUAUCUCUUUAAUGAAUGUUCUGCAUCCGCAACUACGCUUAAAGAAUAGCCUUCUAGAAGAAACAUCCUUGACAUUUAACGCCAUUCAUAGCGUUCUUAAUGCUUUACAAGAAAUGAGCCACUUUUUUGCAAACAUAAUUUUACCAGAAACUAUUAAAUGUCUAAGAGCUGAUGACCUCUCUCUAAAAUCCAGUUUGAAAGAACUGUCAGAAAUUGUCAGAGUUCUUGGAGAUCCUAUUGAUCGAGUAAUAAUAGAUUUAAAAACUCAUAUAAAUCAUGUUAUACUAGGGCAAAGGACGUCCGAAGAUUUAUUAAGAAGAGUUAAAAGAGCAAAUGAUCAAUUUUUGAAAUUGAUCACAUCUACUAGUGAGAAUUUAACAAACGGACAAAUGAUUUUUGUUGGUUUUCAUGGAUUGUUUGAGAGAGUAUUCAUAGAAUGGCAAAACUUUACGGAGAGAUCUUCUAAAAUGCGUAUACCUCAUGAAUGGUAUUGGGUCGACAUUGCAUUUGAUGUAAAAACUUUGCAAUUGAAUCCAGUGACAGAUUUAACUUGCCAACCUUUACGACUUUUAUGGUUUGUAGAAGAGAUUCAUGCUAUGGUUACUUUUUUUGAACGUGCAACUGAAGCCAAUAAUGCUUACACUGGAAAAGUUGAUAGUGUAUUAUCUAAUGAGCUGCAACUAGAACAACCUAUUAGGCAAUUUAUAGCCAAGUUCACUCAGCAACAAAUGCUCGGAUAUAGUACAGAAAUGUUAUCUCAUCAUAUCUGUGCCUGCGUUUCGGCCUUAGGAUUUGAUGUUAAAGCCGUUCUGCGAACUAAUGACAUCGGAGCUACAAAUCGAAUGGCUUUAGACGCUAUAGUACAACGUUUUAUGGAAGUUAAAACCAACUCUUCAUCCACCGCUACCAUAUCUUCAAUAACAAAUCUUAUGAUGCAAAUGGGAUCGAACUGGAUGAAACAGCACUUUGUGAAUCGUCUUGAUAAGAAUAUUAUUCGAAUUAAAGAGGUUAUUGAAAGAACAAAAUGUCACAUUACGGCCGUUCAUUGGCAGAAUCCUAAACUAUUUCAAUCCUAUGCUAGGCAAGUUUCUCAUAUAUUGAUGAGCCUGCAAGUUGAACUCACUAACAUCUCAACGCACCAAGCCAAUCUUAAUAAUCUAUGUGAAAAUUGGCAUCAAAUCGAUUAUAGCAUCAUACAACGAUUAAAAUGGGCUUGCGGUGCAAACGCUAACCUACAAACAACUCUAAACUUUUUCAAUGAUGCUAUUCUUAAAAGAAACGAGCUAUUGAAGAAUAGCGACGAAAUAUCUCAAUAUGUUAUUCAACUUUGCAAUUCUAUUAUUCAAAUGGAGCGUAUACGUAAUGGUGGCGAUGAUAUUAUCGCUGAGCAAAAGAAUAAUAUGGAUUUAUUGAAUAAAGCAAAGGAUACUUGUCAAAAUAAAGGCAAUUUACCGUCUUUAACACCUUUGGAAAGUCAUCUGAUGAAACUAUUAAAUAUGGAAGAUAUACCACCAAAUUUUGAGGAAGUUGUACGACAUUAUUUAUACAAUGCUAAAGAGAAAUUCUCAGAGAGCGAUGUAGAAGAUGCGCUAGUCCAAGUUGAAAAUGAUUUGAAAAUGGAAUGUGAUAAAAUUAAGCCUAUUUUAAAAUCUUUCCAUCAUUUAACUUCUUGCAUAAACAAUUCAUUAAAAGCCGUUUCAAAGUUUGAAAAUCUAUCCACCGGUCGUAAAGCUAAAACGUAUUUGGAAAGAUAUAAGAAAUUCUCUGAGGAUUUUACAUCUCUAUUAAAAAUAUUAACUAAUGAAAAUCCUGGGGAACAUCUGUCUUUGAUCAAUUGUCUUGCUCCAAAUAUUCAAGAAGUUUUAUCAGAGGUUUAUGAUGAUCUAUACAAGUUAGAGCUUGAUCUACCUGUGCCAGAGGACGCCUUGCAAGUGGAAUCAAAGGAAACAGAAUUUUCUGAAAAAAUUCAAUUGGAUCCAAAGACUGGAAAGACAACUCAAGAAAGAAAUUCUUAUGCGACUUCCGUUUGGUCGAGAGUUAAGCAAAAAUUGGACGGCAAAGAUCCUGAUAUCAAUUAUAAAAUGUCUACAACCGAGCAGAUCGACUACAUAAUUAUGGAAGCGACUAGAAUAGAUAAUUUAUCGGAGUUGUAUGAAGGAUGGACUCCGUGGGUUUAA